AUGUCUUCUGGAGGCUUUCUGAAGGAAAUGCAAACCAUUGGUGAGAAGUUUCUCCUUAAGCUCCAGAAACUGCCCAAGGCUGACCCUGUGGAAAUCGUGUCCUUUUGUGUGAUUCUUCUGUUUAUCGUUACUGUUCUGGUGCUGAUGAUCAUUGCCUGUGGUUGCUGCUGCUAUAGCUGCUGUAGCUGCGAUGGACGUCCUGACCACAGACGUAGGAAGAUCCAAGUCCGCCCAACUGCCCAUUCAUGA